UGCACCUGCUCAGAGGACCUUCCGCUCUCCCAGAUCCUCGUUCUUUUUAUUCCGAGCCAGCAAGCAGCCGCCACGGAGCACCGGCAACCGGCAGAGGGCUCUGGACCGCGGAGCGAUGGGCUGAACCCGGCUGGCCUCGCUCGCUCCGCGCUGCUGAUCCGGGAGGAAGGGGCCGAUCUUCCAGCCGGACGGCGGGGUUGUAUCCGGAGACUGGUAAGCGGGCCUAGUGGGCGCAGCCGGGGAAUCCCUCCAAUAGGUUAAGCCUCCCCUUGAAGCUGCCGCCCUUCGCGCGUGUAUCUAAUCGGGGCAAACAUCAAAGGAGAGCGAGGAGAUCAAAGCAGCUCCGAACGUGACGUCAUAAGAAUUCAGACGGUUUCCUUUGAAGUCAAGAUUCGAAAGGGGUGGGGCGCUGAAGGCAGCUGUUGAGCCUUUGCCCUUCCCCCCUUCCCUCCGACCCCAGGAUUUAGACUAGACUACAGUCCCCAUCGGUCGCAGCCCGCCGGGUUGGGAAUCGCCUUUCGGAGCGCAAGCUGUGAAGGCAUUGUGGUUCCCCAAACAGCCACAUCUGAAGGAGCUGAGAAAGACUCUUGGAUCUCCCAAUGGAGCAAGCUCCCAUCCUCCAGAACGUAGAUCCAGAGUGUCAAGUUCAAAGACCAAAGGUUCAGGAAGAAGAGAAGGAAGCAAUUUCCAGUUUGGAUAACUCUGAACCAGUAGGCAUAUGCGAGGAAUUGUUAAGCAAAUCCAAUUUCCACACUCCGGAGGAGGAAGAAAAUUUGGAAAACGAGCAAAAAAAUGAAGAACAGGCAAGUAAAAACAUGACUCAGCCCCUUCAUAAUGGAGCAGGCGAGAUAAGCAAUGCAGAUAAAUGCAAGAGGCAACUUGUGUGCAGCCGAUGCAGAAAAAGCUUCAGCAGUACCUUCAAACUUAUUGCUCACGAGAGAAUCCACACCGGAGCGAAACCGUAUAAAUGUCACCGUUGCGGGAAAAGCUUUGGCAAGAAAUCAAUUCUUGUUGCUCAUCAGAGAAUCCACCUGGAGCAGAAACCGUACCAAUGUUGCGUGUGUGGGAAGAGCUUUCGGCAGCUGUCAAGCCGCAUUGCCCACGAGCGAAUCCAUACCGAAGAAAAACCCUAUGCCUGCCCGGAUUGCGGGAGGAACUUCCGUCUGAAAUCUAGCUUGGUUGCCCACCAAAGAAUCCACACAGGAGAAAAACCUUACGGGUGCUCUGAAUGUGGGAGACGCUUCAGCCAGAAAUCGGCUCUGAUUGCGCACGGGCGGACCCACAAAGGCGAGAAACCUUACCCUUGCUCGGUGUGCGGGAAAACUUUCAGCCAGAGCUCCAAUCUCAUUGCCCACGAGAGAAUCCACACCGGGGAAAAGCCCUACCCUUGUCCUCACUGUGGGAGGUGUUUCGCCUGCAGUUCCAGCCUCGUCCGGCAUCAGAGGAUCCAUGUGGAAGACAAACCAUACGGAUGCGUGGUCUGCGGGAAAACCUUCCGCUGCAAUUCGAGCCUCAGCAGACACCGGCGGACCCACACGGGGGAGAAACCCCACGAAUGCCCCGAUUGUGGCAAAACCUUCAGCGUGAGCUCCCAACUCAGGGUGCACCGGAGGACCCAUACGGGAGAGAAGCCCUACGAAUGCUCAGAGUGUGGGAAAAACUUCAGCGUGAGAUCGAGCCUUAACGCCCACCAGAGAAUGCACGGAGGUUCGAAGCCUUAUAAAUGUUCCGACUGUCCCAAAAGUGUUUAUCUAAGGUCGAGCCUCACAGCCCACAAGAAAACGCAUGGAGAAAAGGCGUUUGAUUGCAUAGUGUGUGGCAAAACCUUCACCUGCAGCUCCGGACUCAUCCGCCACCAGAGAAUUCACACUGGGGAAAAACCCUUCGUUUGUGCAGACUGUGGGAAAAGCUUCAAUGUGAGCGCCAACCUUAUUGCACACCAGCGAACUCACACGGGAGAAAAGCCGUACCGGUGCUCUGAAUGUGGCAAAUUCUUCAGCGUGAGUUCGCAGCUCCACGUCCAUCAGAGAACCCACACUGGGGAAAAACCGUACGGGUGUUCCCACUGUAGUAAGAGCUUCACGUGUAACUCCGCCCUUAUUAGGCACCUGAGGAUCCACACCGGAGAGAAACCGUUUCAGUGCUCGGAGUGUGGGAAAAGGUUCAAUCUAAAUUCGAAUCUGGUCGUCCAUCAAAAAACUCACACUGGAGGGAAGCCCUAUAAAUGCAUUUACUGCGGGGAAAGUUUCUAUACGAGGCCACAUUUUGUUGAACAUCAUAAAGCCAGACAUUUGGAUGCUCUAAAUAGGAAAACAGAUGAAAGCAACGGUAAUUCUAAAUCCAUUAAUUACCAAAUAAACUAUGUAGGGUGGGGUUGAUAAAAUUGGUGAGCAGGAGCCUGAAUCCACUGGAAAACUUUACAUCGGGGCUCUCCAAACUUGGCAACUUUAAGACUGGUGGACUUCAACUCCCAGAAUUCCCCUCCCAGAAUUCUGGGAGUUGAAGUCCACAAGUCUUAAAGUUGCCAAGUUUUACAUGAACCACUUUGCAAUAAAUAUUCUGUUGCUUCUCAUAGUGAGUCCUAAGCCUUAUAUUUGGACAGUGCUAGCCAUUUCUUGGAUGUUUAGGGAUCCUAAAACUCCACCCUUCUUUGGGUUCACCUAUAUUUUUAGGGACCUAUAUUUUUAGGGAAACAAUUUCAAGGGAGGUAGAAUGCAGGGGAAAAAACCCUUUUGCUUAUCCACAUUUACGCGGCAUACUGCACCAUCAAGUAGCAAAGCUCCAAAGUUGUAAAAAUCAGACUAAGUCAAUAAAAAUCAGAACUUUUUUUUAAAAAAAUGGGAGAACACUGUGGCCUUGUUUUUUAUAUGCAAAAAAACAUUUGUGAUGCCCACAAAAGUUGUUUAUUUCAGUGCCUGACUUUUUUUUUUUAAGUUACAACAGGAAGAGUGAUGUCCUGCUGGCUGAGGAAUUCUGGGAGUUAAAGUCCACACAUCUUAAAGUUGCCAAGUGUGCAAAACAUUGACCUAUAAUGUCAUGACCUAGGGAGGGCCUGGCUGUUGGAGGGAUUGUGCCAUCCCAUACAAUUUACUCCCAAUAGUAAGAUGGGCAGUGUAUAGAUUUUAAUAAAUAAAUAGAAUUAAUCCAGCAGAAUCAGCAUGUUCCAGGUCCCACCAAUUAAGCAAUGGCCCCUAAUGAGACCCAGGAAACAGGCGAUCAAAAUAUCCUCCUCAGAAUCCACAUGACCUCCCAUCCUGGCUUGGGUAAUCCUGGAAGUUGAAGUGUCCACACAUCUCAAACGGUCGCUGAGAUUGAGAAACGCUGAUUUAAAUAAAUCUUUAAAACCUG